CUAUCAUCGUCUCCCUCUUUAGUCUUUACAGUCCAAAGGCGCCAACCGGAGCUGGUGGCUCCGGCUACGCCCACUCCCCACGAAGUUAAACUAUUAUCUGACAUAGAUGAUCAAGAAGGGUUGCGUUUCCAAAUUCCAUUCUUUCAUAUUUAUCAGCACAAGCCAUCUAUGGAAGGAAAAGACCCAGUUAGGGUUAUAAGAGAUGCACUCUCGAGAACACUUGUGUUUUACUACCCAUUUGCCGGCAGGAUCAAGGAAGGUCAUGGCCGCAAGUUGAUGGUGGAUUGUACGGGGGAGGGUGUCUUGUUUAUUGAGGCAGAUGCUGACGUAACACUUGAUCAACUUCGUGGCUCUCUUCAACCUCCAUUUCCAUGCUCCCAAGAACUCCUUUAUAAUGUUCCAGGCUGCGAUGGAAUUGUCAACUGCCCCCUUCUACUCAUACAGGUGACACGCUUUAAGUGCGGCGGUUUCGUUUUUGCCAUACGCGUGAAUCACACGAUGGUGGAUGCAACUGGUCUAGUACAAUUUGUGAGUGCUUUAACCGAAAUGGCUCAAGGUGCUCAUCAACCUUCCAUUCUGCCUGUAUGGCAAAGGGAGCUCCUACUUGCAAGAAACCCACCACAAAUCACAUGCAACCAUCGCGAAUAUGAGCAAGUUCCAAAUACCAAAGAAGGGACCAUCAUUUCUUACGAGAACGGUAUGGUUCAACGCUCCUUCUUCUUUGGACCAACUGAAAUAGCUUCCCUUCGUCGUUUGGUUCCACGUCACCUUGGCCAAUGCACUCGAUUUGAGCUUAUAACUGCAUGCUUAUGGCGUUGCCGUACAAAAGCAUUGCAACUUGCGUCAGAAGAUGAUGUUCGCAUGAUGUGCAUCGUGAAUGCACGCGCUAGGUUUAACCCUAUUAUACCCCUUGGUUAUUACGGAAACGCUUUUGUUUAUCCGGCAGCAGUUGCCAGUGUAAGGAAGCUUUGUGAAAAUCCGUUUGGUUAUGCCGUAGAGUUAAUAAAGAAAGUAAAAGCUGAGGUGACAGAAGAGUACGUGCGUUCAGUGGCAGAUCUAAUGGUUACAAAAGGACGACCCUUAUUUACAACCGUAGGAUCUUGUAUCGUGUCAAACUUGACACGUUUUGGGUUAAGAGAAGCGGAUUUUGGAUGGGGCAAAGCAUUAUAUGCUGGUGUGUCUCAAGGUGGAGCUGGGCCGGCUUUUCAUGGAGCAACCUAUUUUAUGGAUUAUGAGAAUGAAAAAGGAGAAGAAGGUGUAUUAUUUCCAAUUUACUUGCCUUCCAACGCUAUGGAGAGAUUUGAGAAAGAGUUGGGUGAUUUGCUUGGUGGAGACUUUAAUAAUAAUCAGCCUACAAAGAGUGAUGAAACUCCUAUGUUUAUGAGGUCUACCUUGUAGCUUGUGAACAUUAUAAACAGGGGCGGAGCCAGGUACAAGGAAAAUGGGUAAUGAUUCCUAAUUUUAAUUUUU